AUGUCUGCAGGCGAUCAAAUUCUUGCUGUGUGGUCUGACGUUGACGUGCCGACGGAGGGGGGAAGUGAAGAAGUGCUUCGCCGCCGGGCAACGCCGCAACAGUGCUUCGCGCAGGCUCAUACAUGGCCCAAUUUUAUCAUCUCGGCCUUGCUCUUCGAAUCACCAAUGGCGGUGGCAAUUAUUGCAUGCCAGCGCAUUCACCGCUCAUGUUUCAUGCUCCAUACUGAAAGCAUGAUCGUGGUCGAGACGUUUGACACACAGCUUUCAGAGCUGCCAGAAUCAACAGCACCAUCCGUCCCUUCCUUCCCAGCUUCUACGCGUGGCACGGGCCAAAAAGACGAGGUGAAGUCGGAGGAGGCUGCGCAGUGGGAUCCACAGCUGGAGAGCUACGGCGCGAAGACCGAUGUCUUCGUUCGCGCACGACAGCGAUGUCGGGAAAGGGAAGGGAAAAGGGAAGCGGAAGCGGACUACUGCGCGGGAAGUCUUCCAGCGAGGAUCCCUGGAGAGGAAACGCUGUUCUUGCCGGAAAAGACUAUACUACUGUAUUCUACUUCAGAACUUCUACCCUUCUUGGCGGGGGUCCUGACAGCACGGCGAGGCGUUAGCCUAUCAAGACAUGGCGUGGCCCUCGUCUUCAUGUCGACCAAGGACCGUCAAUUAUGGAAGAUGGAUGGGCAGGAGAAGGCGAGAAGGCUAAUAAGCCACACUGUAAUCCAGGUGGAUGACGUGAAGCCUGGUGGUGAGUACGGGUAUGUUGCUACUGGGACUCCAAACCUGUAUUAUGAAUAA